AUGUCAGCUAACGAGUUUUUCGCUUCAGGCCCCGCGCAAACUAGAUCCAACAACCACAACAACUACAACCAGAACCAGAACCAGAACCACGACCCUAAUGCACAGGAAGGCGAAAGAGGCUUCUUCGCCAACACAGCCGGUGCCGUCGCAGGUGGAGUCGCAGCACACAAAUUGAGCGGCGGCGAGUCGAAAUUGGCCACUAUUGCCGGUGUCGUGGGCGGCGCUAUAGCUGCGCACAAGUUGAACAACGAAUAUAAAGAGCACAAGUAUAACAAGUACGGCGGUGGCCAAUCUGGUUACGGACAUGGUAAAGGUAAGGGCAUCGAUGCUGGGGACGCUGCUCCUUCGAGAAGUAUCCAAUAG